AUGGCAGAGCGAAAUCCAGAGCACAGCAUCCACGUUCUCUUGCUCCCGAACCCGAGCCAAGGCCACAUCAACCCGAUCCUCCAGUUCGGCAAGCGCCUCGCCGCGCACCGCGGCGUCCGGUGCACUCUCGCCGUGACCCGGUUCGUGCUCGGCCAGAGCGGCGAACCGCCCCCGGGAGGCGCCGUCCACAUCGCCGCCAUCUCCGACGGCUGCGACCGCGGCGGCUGCGGCGAGGCCGGCGGGAUCGAGGCGUACACGGCCCGGCUGGAGUCGGCCGGGUCGGAGACCGUGGGCGAGCUCCUCCGGUCCGAGGCGGAGCAGGGGCGGCCGGUGCGCGCGCUGGUGUACGACGCGUUCCUGCCGUGGGCGCAGCGGGUGGGGCGGCGGCACGGCGCCGCGUGCGCGGCGUUCUUCACGCAGCCGUGCGCGGUGGACGUGGCGUACGGGCACGCCUGGGCCGGGCGGGUGGAGCCGCCGCUCGCGCUUGGUGGACAGGAGCCGCUCGACCUGCCCGGGCUCCCGGCCGGGCUCAGGCCAGGCGAUCUGCCGACGUUCUUGACCGAUCCGGACGAUCGCGGGUACCUGGACCUGCUGGUGAACCAGUUCGCCGGCCUGGACACGGCCGACCAUGUCUUGGUCAACUCGUUCUAUGAGCUGCAGCCUCAGGUGCGUACUCCACUGCACUGCCAAGCUUCUCAGAAAGCCGCUGGUAGUAGACAAGUAGGAUCAGAGUCCGAGUGCUCACUGAAUUGUUGUUCACGUGUCGCUAAGGAAUCGGACUACAUGGCGUCCACCUGGAGAGCCAAGACGGUGGGUCCAGCGUUCCCGUCGGCGUACCUCGACAACCGGUUGCCGGACGACACAUCCUACGGCUUCCACAUCUUCACACCUCUGACGGAGACGACGAAGGCCUGGCUGGACGCUCGGCCGGCGCGCUCGGUCGUGUACGCCUCGUUCGGCAGCAUCGCCAAACCAGACGCGGCUCAGAUGUCCGAGAUGGCGGAGGGGCUGUACAACUGCGGCAAGGCCUUCCUAUGGGUUGUCAGGGCCUCGGAGAGCUCAAAGUUACCUGAAAACUUCACCGACAAGACCAAGGAGAGGGGCCUUGUCGUGACAUGGAGCCCUCAGCUUGAGGUGCUGGCGCACCCGGCUGUCGGGUGCUUCGUGACACAUUGCGGGUGGAACUCGACGAUGGAGGGGUUGGGCGCCGGUGUGCCGAUGGCGGCGAUGCCGCAAUGGUCGGACCAGACCAUGAACGCCAAGUACAUCGAGGACGUGUGGCGAGUAGGCGUGCGAGUGCGCCCGGACGAGAAAGGUGUGGUGAGGAAGGAGGAGCUUGAGAAGCGUGUGAGGGAGGUGAUGGAAGGUGAGAGGAGUUCGGAGUACAUCCGAAACGCUGCCGAUUGGAAGGAAAAGGCCAAGAGGGCCAUGAGCGAAGGCGGCAGCUCCGACAAAAACAUCGUAGAGUUCCUUGGCAAACUUGGACUGAAAAGCUAA